AUGGAUUUUCGUAAUGAGAUUGAAACUGUCGUUGAUGGUGAUAGCAUUCGAAGCUUUAAAGCUAACCUUGUAAAACUCUACAGUGAUAUGUAUGUAGAAGUAAAGGGUUGUCCCCUACCGUCUAAGUUACAUGACGAUGUUCAAUGGUGCGUAUACGAAAAGCUCUUUCGAGCUGUUGAAAGAAAAAAGAAAUUGGUUGAUGGUACUUUCAGCAGUAGCAAUGGCUCACCGGAAAUUGGAGGUGUGAAAAGAUUGUUGGAUGAGAUGAGCAUCAUGGAUUGGAUGAUUCCCGAACCUGUCGAGGAUAGCCUUGUUAUUGGAGAUGACAAGCUUAAUUUCAAUAAGGUGUUUUUCCAGUAUCAAAAAGAUUGUCUCUCCAAGUUUCAAAUAGAACAAUUCUACAACUGGAGAACAGAUAUUCAAAAGCUUUUGUCCUUGUCUUCCAUUGUUUUCCUUGAUGGCGUUAGAGGUGUGUGUGAUUAUCUUGAAAAUGACACAUACCAAUCCCUGUAUCACUUGAUGUCAUCCGAAUUCCGUGAAACAACUGAAAUGUCGCGUAAAACGUUGGGUUGUUUACAAGAUAUUAUUUGGGAGUAUCAAAAAGAUUUCGAUCAUUGUGGCCACAAUGCUAAAAGUAGCAGAAGUUUAUGA